AUGGCCGAGAAACUCGUCAAUCGGGUAGGUGCCAAAAUGGAGCGGUUGGACAAGCCCUUGAUGUUGAGCGACUUUAACGGAGCAGCGACUGCUCGCGCAACACACCAGAUUCGAGUCACCUUUGAGAUUGACGGACGACAAUUUGCUCGUCAGAAAUUUAUAAUCAUUCUUACCGCUAAUAAUGUCUUUAUCGGACAAGAUUGGUUAACCAAGCAAAAUAUGUGGAUGCAUCCUGCUUCCCACAUGAUCUGUUGGCCUGAAGAUCGACCAGCUUUGGCCCAAUAUGCCCCAAGCAUCUUAGUCGAGCAUUCUUCACCUUCGCUCGAUAUGAAGGCACAAACUGAUGUUUUCCGCCGUGACCGCUUGGUGACAGCUGAAGACCGACAAUUAAAGGCUCGCAAGAUCUUACAGAACCCUUGGCGAUCGACAUCACCAGCACCCUUGGUCGCAGCGAUGUCCCCUAUCGAAAGCAAGGCUUCAACCGGCAACAGCAACCUCACUGCCGGCAUUUAUACCAUCCUUACAGACCCUCGUCAAGAGAGAUGGAAGAAGCAACGGAUGCCCCAGGUUGCUGUCUCGCUGGAACAACCCUCAACACAUCCUUCGGUCAGCUUGAACGCUCUCACUGUCGAUCCCAAGACCUGGAACAAGACUUUCGACAGAAAGCAUAUUCCAUUCCCAGAAGGAGAGGACCCUGAACAUAUAGCCAAGAUUAGAUUCAUUGAGCGCUGUAUAGCCGACAAGCCUGCCCCUACGUUAUUUGUACCCAAGCCUCAUUCCGGAGAACAUCGAUUCUGUGUGGACUACCGUUGGAUCAAUGAUUUCAUCAAGGGAAGACAGGUGCUCGCCCCAGACGUCCAGGGCACGAUCAGCCGCUGUGGACGAGCAAGGCGCCUCACCAAGAUUGACAUUAUCCGUGCUUUUAAUCGCCUGUUGAUGGACCCCGGUGACCUUGCCGAACCGCUUAACCGGUUGCUAAAGAAAGACGUGCCCUUUGAGAAAGGACCUGAGCAAAAGGAAGCUUUCGAGGCGUUGAAGAAGCUUGCCACUAAAGCGCAUGUCCUCGCCUUCUUCAAACCUGGCCGACCAACCAAGGUUGAUACCGAUGCCUCAGGCAAAGCCACAAGUGACAACGUGGCCGCCGACGCCCUUUCUCGUAAGACCAUUAAGAACCCUACAGUCAAAGCCCGGGAAUUACAAGAUCGAACAUUCGCCCUGAUACCACCAGAGAAGAUCGAGCCAAUUGGCCCAAUUCAAAUACAAGGGAUCAAUGCCCUUACUACGACCGAGUUGCGAGGCGCUGAUCUGGUGGAUGUCAUUAUCGCAGAGAACGAAAAGCAAAACCUGGGCCAAAAAGAAGGAUUGCUGGUCGUUCCUGAAACCACUAUGGAUGGAAAGAUCUUCCUGUGCACCGCUUUGAUACGUGAAGCUCAUGAGCCGAAAGCUUUCGCCCACGCCGGCCAAAACAAGACCCUUCAGCUCUUAAAGAAGGAGUACUACUGGCAAGGCCGUAAUAGCAAUAUCAAGCGGUACAUUAAGAACUGUCGGGAUUGCCAAAGAAAUAAGACUCGAUAUGACAAGACCCCAAGGCUCCUUCACCCAUUACCUAUCCCAAAGCGCGUCUGGGAGCAUGUUGUGGUUGACGGCAAGAGCAUGCCGAAAGAUGACAAAGGCUAUGAUUAUGUCUAG